AUGCCGGCUACUUUACAUUCUGCCGUGCGCCAUAGUAUCAGUACAUCACCUACAAGAACUGACCACUAUCCAUACUCGACGAACGGUAUGGGUAGUAGUAUCAUCAACGAUUACAGUAGACAGGGCGCAUCUAUUAAUUCCACCUCGAGAAAUAAUCCAAACAGCAUGUAUAACACAAUGUCAAUUGUGUGGAAGGAACAAAAUCCAAUCCUACAAAGUGAACAAAGGAACUUUACUACAAUCAAAGCAUCAACAAGGGCUACCCAAUCAUCACCAAGACCUUCAACUCCACAUAAUAACCGACAAAAAAAUGCCGUUGAAAGAAAGAAACCAAAUGUUCAAGUUGUCCCCAAUAAAACAACAACGGUUAAAAAGACAAAAAAUGAUUCCCCACCAAUUUCUCCGCCUCCAACUUUAAAACAAAAGUCUUCUGGUGCUACUAAUGGUCAGUCAUCCACUCGUCCUCAUGACAAAAGGCCAGUUACCCCACAUGUUACUCAACCCACAGGCAUCUUGAAGACUGAUAAAAAGAAAAUUGAUGGAGUCUCUUCAAAAGCAUCAACUACGCAAAAUGCUCGUCGACCUGUUUCUCCCCCUGCUUCAGCCGCUCAUUCCGCUCACUCUCGUUCCCACGUAAGUGCCGCUUCGGCCACUCAUACCGCUCACUCUCGUGCCCAUGUACGUGCGACUUCUCCCCCCGCUUCAGCUGCUAAUUCAGCUCACUCUCGUUCCCACGUACGCGCUGCCUCUCCUGAAGGUGCUGCUUUGCGUCAAGAAAAUAGAAAAUUGAGAAGAGAAUUGUCGGAUCAUGAGGACUUGUUACGUGAAAGGGAUUCCGAAUUGUUAGAAUAUCAAGAUCUCGUUGAAGCGUUUCAAGAACGUGUUCGUCAAGUUGAAGCUCGUAACCGUGAAUUACAGCAGGAGAAUGAAAUUAUGAGAAAAUAUAUUGAGGAUGAGAAGGCAAAGAAGGAAUCUUCUGUUAAUGAACCAACCAGGAUAAUUAGCUCUGUGGUGAAUAAUAUCCAAAGGAUUCGUGGUGAAACUGCUUCCCCUGUUUCAACUCCUUUGAAUGUUGAUUCCUCCAAAUCAUCAUCACCAAUUCCUUCUGUUUCCCCCAUGCCAUCUCAAAAAACUUCCUCGGUCAUGUCAAAGUCAAAAUCUCAGGAGCUCCUUAAAGCAAAUAACCCUACAAAGGUUAACAAUAACCCACCAAUUCGCCCUCAUGUGGUUCCCCAGACUCGUGGGAAUUUGAUCCCGGCAAAUAAAAAUAUGCCUCCUCAGAAUAAUCCGCAUCCGCCGAGACCACCUGCGCCAUCUCCGGUCUCUAUGAAUCGUAAUGAGCCUUCUAUCAUUGGUGGAAGAAAUGAAAUGUUAAAUAGACAAGUAGAAACUCGUGAUCGUCAAGCUUUGGGUCUUAUGAGAAAACAAAAUGCUGCUUUAAACGCUGUCAUGGAAGAAUCUGAAGAUAGCGAGGAUGAUGAGUUUGUUUUUGAACGAGAAGCAACAUCGGAUGAUCAGGCGGAUUCUGAAUUCGACAACGACGAUGACAAUGCUAAGGUUGCAUCGAUUGGUAUCAUCCCCUCAAAAAAUUUUACGGCCAACGCCCCCAACAAUGAUAACUUUAAGGAUUAUAAUAAUAAAUCUUCGCAUCGUCGUAUCAAUCGUCGCUUUCGUGUAGAUUCUAUUGGUUCUGAUUCCGGUAUCGGAAGUGCUCAUGAAGAAAUUUCUAAUGUUGAAAAUUCAUCGGCUUCCGAUAAAGGUCAAAAUAGUCAAAUUAUCAACAACGGCCAAUCGGUAUCUUCAAAGGUUAAUGGCAAAGUUUCAACAAAAAAACAACAACUAUCUCAAAAUAAUGUUCAAGAUUAUUUCUCUAAUGGUCAUCCUUCUUCUUAUCACGCACAUCGGGAUUCAAUGUCAUCUGUUAAUUCUGAUUCAUCUGACGAUUCCGCCUCCUUCUCAGUCUCUUCCUCUCACAAUAACUCUUACCCCUCAUCAGUAACCUCUCCAUCAUCCACACGAACUGAUUCUUUUAGUUCUCAAAAUUUGGUUAACGGUUUAUAUGGUCAAUCAUCCUCUAAAAACUCUUUGGCUCAACCCAACAACAAUAAUGGUUUAAAUUCAUCCUCUUAUAACAACGGUAUGGUUCAAAAUAGAAAUCCGAUCAAAACUGGUUUAAAUGAUAACAAUCCAACCUCGGUCACAACCACUCACUCUGAUAAUUCUGCUGAUUAUAAUUAUGUACAAUCCAACAAAAAAUUUGUCACCCCUCACACUUCUGCUUUAAAAACCGGUAAUUCCUCUUAUACGACAAAAAACUCCAUUAAAAUUGAUAUUGAAUCAACCUCAGGCUCAUCUGGUCAUGAUUAUUAUAUUAACGACACUGCCCCCGUUACUCGUCUUCCAUCACCGACGUUUGCUACUACGACUCGUCUUUCGGGAUCUUCAGUUAAUCAUCAGUUGUUUGCUAAACGAUCAACUCCAAAUUCCCGUGCUUCAACCCCAAGUUCAAACGCUUCAACUGCUCGAGCAAAAUCCCCGGCAUCUGCUUCAACAUCGCGUGCAUCUACUCCUGCUUCUGAAUCUAGUCGAAAUGCCUCUGGUUAUACCCGUAAACCUCGUCAAAACUCCAACAAUUCCGACUCAUCAUCUGAUAAUUCUUCAACUGCUGUUACUUCUUCACCUCCACCUCAACCAUUGGCCAAUAACGACAAAGAACCUUUUGCCACUUUACAACAUUAUCUUCGCCUGAUUUCCGAAAAUAGUAUUGUAGAAGACCCACUCAAAACUUACGAUAUUAAAAAGGUUAUCGAUGAAGGUUCAUCUGCAAAGGUCUAUACUGCUCACCCAUUAUCUAAUCCCAGUGAAGAAUGUGCAAUCAAAAUUGUCCCUCUUUCCUAUUCUUUGGAAUUCAUUUUUAAUGAGAUUUACGUUCUCAAGAAUCUCAAGCACAAAAACAUUGUCGAUUGCAAAGAAAGUUUCUUACGCUGGGAUGGUAAAACACGCGAAGUUUGGAUUGCAAUGGAAAAAUGCGCCCGUGGCGAUGUAACAAGUCGUGCUGGUAAAAUCACCCAACGGGAAGUUGGACGCAUUGCCGGCGAGCUCUUGAGCGCAUUGGAACACUUGCACUCCAAUGGAGUCAUUCAUCGUGAUAUCAAACUUUCAAACAUUUUAGCCAAUGCAAACAAUGAAAUAAAAUUGGCUGAUUUUGGUAUCUCGUCUUUGACCCCUACUUCGACUACCGCAAUGGUUGGCACGAUCCCAUACAUGGCUCCUGAUGUUGUUCUCGUUGGACCUGACCGACCCUAUGAUACUAAAGUUGACAUUUGGGCUGUUGGUGUCUGCAUUUUAGAACUCCUAACUGGUAAGGCCGCUUGGGGACGCAUUCGCGAUGACGAAAUCAUGGACAAAUUGCGCCGGGGUGAAAUGCCAUAUGGUUUUCAUCGUCUCCGAAAGAAAGCUGAUAUCGGAUGGGAAGCCGUUGAUUUCUUGGAAAAAUGUUUUGCAAGGACUCCCGAAAAUAGAUGGUCUGCCGAGAAAUUGUUAGAGGUAUUUAUCAAGAAUGCAUUAGGUUGA